GAAAACUGAACUUUGUUACUGCACGUGUUGCUAGCAACCUCUAAAGUUUAAACAAAUGUCAGUUGAGACUUCUAAUGAAGCUAAAUGAAUCACUAGGAUUGUAAUUGUUUUGAACGGAAACAUUGCGCUGUCUUUCUACCAUCUCCUUGUGAAACUAAAGUAAAUCCAACUCUGCCAUAAUGGUUAGAACAAGAGAAAAAAAUAGAAGUUUGAAAGGAAUGCUUGCGUCUGGGGGAACUUCCGGGAGCGAAUUAUUCUUUGCCCUUCGUGUCGUAACAUGUAGUGGAUCAUUUCCGCUUUCUCAGCUGUAGGAUUAUUUCUUCCUACUGUAUGACGCUCUGGUUGCUGGGGAAGGGAAAAUCAUGAAGCCUGAAGUGGAAGAUAGCUGGUUAGAAAUUUCGUUUCGUUUGAAAAGCAUGCGCUUGUAAAGGCUAAAUUUUUUUUUUUGUUGUUGCCUUUUACAACCAUGUGGUCUGAGCAUACGGGCCUCUUCUGCGAGAUCAGAACAGGAUGUCCGAGCGGGAGAGGGAAGCUACGGAGGGGAAACCGCAGGCGGUGGGGGAAGACGAGGCAGGGAUCGCGCUGGAGGACGCGUUUCGCCUUCUCUCCCUCGCUCCCAAAGAGAGGCUGCUCAGCCUCACUUUCAAACUCGGCCGCAGCCGGACGGAGGAGCUCGUGCACGCCAUGUCCCUGAUGGGUCUGGGGAACGAGGCCGAGGCGCUCGCCAAGCUCCGGGCGCUGGGGGACACCGGGGUGGCUCGGCGCCUGGCCGAAACGCUCGAGAGUCGCGGGCGGGGCCCCGAGGCCGCGCGGAGGGGCGGAGGUUCGCCGCAGGAGCCCGGGGCAGACUCCGCCGUCGAGCUGGCGCGGAUCUUCUGGCUGCUGGCCGACGAGAAGCUGUGCCUUGAGUCACGGCGGGACCGGGCUUACCGGGCGGCGCUCCGGGCGUGCUCCCGCCAAACCGGAAACGGGGAGGGGCGCGGAACGCUGGCGAGGUUAACGGAAGAGGCCCGGGAGGCCUGCGGCUGGGAGUUCGGAGCUGCGUCCGGGGGGGCCUCUUCCUGUGAGGACGGAGAAACACUACGGUCCGGCGCGGGGGCGUUCCCGCACGCCCCCCCGGGGAGCAGGGGGUCCGGCGGGGGCACCGCGGCCGUGAGGAUACGAGGCAGCCGGGACAGCGCCCCGUCCGGGACGGAGGGCGCCAGCAGCCCCCCGUCCUCCCUCCGAACCGUGCACUCGGGCUUGGUGUCCUACCCCAGUCACCUGGAGGUGAGCGCAUCCCCCACCGCGCUGUACGAGGUGCGCAGCGCUCUGCGCGACGUGCAGGACCCCGAGACGCCAUCUCCGCGGGGCAGCCCGAGCGAGGAGCGGCGGGAACGCACGCUGACCUGCGAAGGGGCCUGCAGCGGCCCGGGGGACGAGGCCACCCCCGGCCUCUCUCCCGACCGAGCUUACACUCUGGAGCACAGUGCUCAGCGCCGCCCCCUGGUGGAGAAACCGAGCGAGGAGUGGCGGGAACGCACGCUGACCUGCGGAGGGGCCCGCAGCGGCCCGGGGGACAAGGCCACCCCCGGCCUCCCUCCCGACCGCGCCGACGUUCCGGACGGCAGUGCUCUGCGCCGCCCCCUGGUGGAGAAACCGAGCGAGUGCGCGAGCCCGCCCGUGGCCCCGGCGGGGUGCGGCCCGCCGCGACAGCGCCCCCCAGAGACCGCGGGAAGCGGCCGGGCCGACGCACCCGAGAGCGCCGAAGCCAGAGCCGCGCCCGGGCGGGGCGGCCGCUCGGCGGGAGCCGUGGAAACCCCGUGGACCCCGCCGUCAGCUUCAGCCUCCCUCAGCGAGGACCGUAAACCCGAGAGCCCGGAAGCGCGCCCGAAACAGGAGGAGCGGGAGAAGGGCGAGGAGGAGGAGGAGGAGGAGGAGUUCUUCUCGUUUGUGAUCCUGCACUCCCCGGCGGACGAGGAGCUGGCCGGGCGGCUGCAGGAGAGGCUGGAGGCCCUGGUGGUCGGUCCGGGCGCCACGUUCAACGAGGACUUCGCCGUCCCGGGGAAGCACCGGCUCAGCUGCGUGGACGACGCCAUCAACAACUCGGCCUUCACCCUGCUGCUGCUGUCGCGCAACUUCAACCCGCGCAUGCUGGAGUUCGAGUCCAACUGCGCGCUCAUGAGCUCCCUGGAGAAGCGGCACAAGUCCAACACCGUCAUCCCGCUGCUGCCCAGCGAGAACCGGCUGCCCCGCGAGCGCCUGCCCGCCAGCCUGCGCAUCUUCGUCCCGCUGGAGGAGGGCGGGCGCGGCUUCGACCGCAAGGCCCGCAAGGCCAUGGCGCCGGACCGGAUCGCCCGGCAGCGGAGCGUGUGGCGGCAGGAGCGGCGGAUCCGGGCGCAGCGGCGGCGGGAGCGGCGGGCGCGCGAGGACAACGAGCGGAGCGCGGAGCUGCUGCGCGGGACCGAGCUCCUGCAGGACCACCUGCGGCUCAGCCGCCUGCUGUCGGACCAGCAGAGGAUGCUGGAACAUUACGAGGCCCUGCUCGGCGCCCAGCCCGGCGCACACGGCCCCUGGUACCCCGUGCCCCUGGCGCCGUCCGACCGGCGCCCCAACAUCCACAUCGCGAACGCCAGCUACGUCAUGAUCGGGAACGACUCCCAAAUGACGGUCGGGACGGGGGGGGAGAGACCUCCGAGGGAGGGGGGGUGGGAAGGUCCCGGAGGAGAGGAAUGGGAGGAAGGUCCCAGAGGCAAGAAACGGGAGGAAGGUGCCAAAGGAGAGGAACAGGAGUCAACCUGACAGGAGCCCCCCCCCCCACAGAGAGUCUGUUUUAGUCCAUGUUCUCAUUGUUUCAGUCCAGAGGGUCUGGGUUUUUUUGGGGGGUUUUUUUUUUUGAUCUUACUUCCGUUUUGCUGGGAAAGCCACAGCUUAAAAUGAUUGGGGGGGGGGGGUGUCGCAGGUGUUCUCAUUUUUAAAAAUCUCAUACCAUAGGACUGCUAUUCUUUAUAUAUGUGGCACCCAUAUAUGUGCUUGUGUAAAUGACACUGUUCAACAUUUCCUUAAGUAGCUUAUAAGGUACUGAGAAACACAGCACUGUAUGGACCAAAUGUACUCUAACAGAGUUGAUUUUAUAUAGAAAAUUCUGUUGUAUAUUUGCUUUUAGGCAUUUGGGAAGGUCUUUUGUGUGUAAAUUGACGGUGAUUGAAUGGUGAUUUCUACAAGUGCGAUUGCAUUUAUUUUCUGAGGUGUGUCAAUCUUGAUUAAAUGCAUUCCUUUAAA